AUGAAUUAUGAUUCAUUUUCAGAUUUAGAUGAUAUUAAACACCAAGUAAUGAACAACAGUGCAUCCACCAUCGCAACAACAGCCAUAACGACAACACAACCUUGUAAUUAUUCCGAUGAUUUGAUACUUAACAGUGAUGAUGAGGAAAAUCAAAGUGACGAUGAUGAACUUGAUGUUGUUAACGAAAAGACAACAAGAAAUUCUGAUCAAUUAAUACGAGGACGACAUUAUUCUUGCAAUAGUAGUGAUGAUUGUACACACGGUACCGAACAUCAAGAAUUAGAUGAACAAAAUAAAAAACUUUUAAAUUAUACAUCAUCAUCGUCUUCGUCACCAUCAUCCAUAAUUUCCACCAAUGACGGUGAAAUAGAUAAAAAUAAAAAACAUAUUGUUAAACCACCAUAUUCGUAUAUUGCUCUAAUAACAAUGGCCAUAUUACAAUCACCCAAUCGUCGUUUAACACUAAGUGGUAUUUGUGAAUUUAUUAUGAAUAGAUUUCCGUAUUACAAAGAACGUUUUCCAGCAUGGCAAAAUUCUAUCAGGCAUAACUUAAGUCUUAACGAUUGUUUCCUAAAAAUACCACGUGAACCGGGAAAUCCUGGCAAUUAUUGGACCUUGGAUCCAGCAAGUGAAAACAUGUUUGACAAUGGCUCAUUUCUUCGUCGGCGAAAACGUUUCAAACGAGCUCAUAUGAAUCAUCAUCAUCAUCCAUGCUAUCAUUCAACACCAUCCUCAACAACAUUUCGAACAUUUCCAUUACAUAAUUAUUCUUCUGCACAUCCUCCACCCAGUUACACAUCGUCGCCUACCACCUAUCAUUCUCAUCCACAUACUUAUUCAGCAGCAGCUAUGGCAGCCGCGGCAUUGGCCUCAUCAAAAUAUCCGCAGAUAAAACGUUUCAUGACGACAAAUCCUUAUUUACAUUCGAAUACAACAUCACCAUCACCUAUUUUGAAUACUAUGUUAUCACAGACAACACCGAAAAAAUCUUUAUUUACUAUUGACAGUUUAAUUGGUGAUACCGACAUUAAGAAAUCACAUGAAAAUUUAGAUCAUUCUAAAUAUAAUUUGAAUUCGUAUUUAGUAAGAGGAGGAUCGUCAUCAGUAACAGAAUCAUUUCGAGUUUAA